AUGGAGAUCAUGUUCUGUUGUUAUAAGUGUCCGAAGGAGGAGAAAGUUCCAUUAGCUAUAUUGGCAUUUUCUGAUUAUGCAUUGAGUUGGUGGACUCAACUUGUGUUGAACCACCAAAGGAAUCGUGAACGAGAUGUUGAUUCAUGGGAACAGUUGACACAAAUCAUGCGAAAACAUUUUAUCCCACCUCAUUAUUAUAGGGAUAUUAAACGAAGACUUCAACGCCUUGUUCAAGGUAAUCGAUCUGUUGAUGAGUACUUUAAAGAGAUGGAGAUGCUUAUGCAUAGAGCAAAUAUCCAAGAAGAUGAGGAGACUACCAUGGUGCGGUUUGUAGAUGGUUUGAAUGUUUCGAUAGCCAAUGUUCUUGAUCUUCAAACCUACAUUGAUCUUGAAGAUACGUGCAAAGGGCGUGGGCACUAUAGCCGUGAUUGUACCAACACAAGACUUUUGUUGAUCAAAGAAGAUGGUGAUUAUACUUCUGAUUCCGAUAAAACAGACCCAGAUAUGCCCAAAUUAAUUGAUGAUGUCAACGAUUGUGGUAAAUUUUAUGGUGAAGAAGAGUUGGUGGAACCACUAACUCAUCCCCGAUGUUUAGUUGUGAGGCGCACACUCAACAUCCAAUUGAAGGAUGAUCAUAAUCUUCAACAGAGUAAUAUAUUCCAUUCGAGGUGUUUGAUUAAAGGUACACUUUGCUCAUUUAUCAUUGAUAGUGGAAGUUGUGCUAACGUUGUGAGCAGCUACCUUGUGGAUUCUCUUGCUUUGCCAUGUAGCAAACACCCUACACCAUACCAUCUUCAAUGGCUUAACGAAGGUUCAGAGGUCCGUGUGGUAAAACAGUGCUUGAUCACUUUUAAACUUGGGACUUACAUUGAUGAUGUUUGGUGUGAUGUCGUUCCCAUGUAUGCCGCCCACUUGUUACUUGGUAGACCAUGGCAGUACGAUCGUGAUGUUAUUCAUCAUGGUAAAUUAAAUCGAUAUUCUUUUAUUUUCAGUGGGAAAAAGUACACUUUCACCCCUUUGAAUCCGAAAGAUAUUCACAAUGAUCAAAUCGACAUGAUGAAGUUUUGUAAGGAGGUUAUGGGAAGUAAGACACAAAAUUCAAAAAAGGCUGAGAGAAAAGAGGUCUCUAGUGAAAAAAGCCAAAUUAAUAAUGACCCAAUGGAAUAUGAAGAUAUUUUGAAGAAGCACCUAAAGGAUUGCCACCUUUGA